AUGUUUUUAUUAUUUCUUUCCAGUCCUUUUAUUUCCCUUUUCUCUCAUUCACAUUUACCUCCGUUAUUUACUAGUCUUUACCUCAAGCCACAAAUCCUUCCCUUUAUAUACGAAACCUUAUUUCUGUCUCACCUCAGUCGUUCCUCACUUUACGGUGACUGA